AUGGAUGAAAAAGUAAUUGAUUCGAUUUUUUCGGGUUCAUUAAAAAGCUUGCCUCCAGUUAGUUCAAAAAUAGUUCGAAUAUUUACAAGUUCAACUUUUACUGAUACAACAAUGGAGAGAAACACAUUGAUGGCACAAUGUUAUCCCAAGUUAAAGGAUUAUUGUCGUGAAAAACAUGGACUGGAAUUUCAAGUGGUUGACAUGAGAUGGGGAGUACGAGAUGAGGCAACUGAUGAUCAUAUGACAACAGAGCUCUGCAUGAGAGAAAUAGAAAAUUGUCAAAGGCUUUCAAUGGGUCCUAAUUUUGUUGUUUUUUUGGGGCAAAAAUACGGAUAUAGACCUAUUCCUACAUACGUUUUGAGUUCAGAACUCGAAAUGCUGAGAAAUGAAUUGGAAAGUCAGGGAAUAGACGUAGAGGUUUUGGAUACUUGGUAUAAAAAAGAUAGCAAUGCAGUUCCACCAACUAGUAUUUUGCAACCUAUUUCAUCUAUUUUAAAAAAUUUCAACAAUAAAAGAAUUCCAAAACUUCAACAAGAAGAUCAAGCAGCAUGGUGGGAUACUAUGGUCAAAAUGCAAAAAUUAUUCCGUAAAGGAGCACAAUCAUUGUAUAAUUCCGGAAAGUUUGAUAAAGAUACUAUGCAUAAUUAUUUUAUGUCUGUCACUGAAAGAGAAGUUAUCAAUGGAAUAUUAAACGUCAAAAAUACCAAGAAUCAUUGUUUAGCUUAUGUUCGAUACAUAAACAAUAUUAAUCUACAAAAUUUACGAAAAGCUGGACUUUUUUUGGAUAUUUUGAACAGAAGUUUAGACAAUGAAGCUUCUAAAUUGCUAGCAGAUUUACGAGAUGAACGAUUGCCCAAUAAAAUUGAGAGUACAAAUCUUCAAAGAUACACAGUUGAAUGGAUCGGACGAGAAGGUCUAGAUCCAGAAACUCACUCAGAAUAUCUUCAACAUUUUAUCACUCACUUUUAUCGCAAUAUAAUCAAGCUUGUUGAUCGAGCAAUGCGAAAAGAAGAUAGUUCUGCUCAAGGACAAAUAAUAACAGAAUUACUUCAGCAUCUUCAUGCUUGUAAUAAUUCUGUCAAAGUUUUUUAUGGUCGAGAAGAUUCCCUGGAAAAAAUAAAAGAUUAUAUGCUUGGAGAAAGUGACAAACCGUUAGUUCUUUAUGGAGAAGGGGGUUGUGGUAAAACUUCUCUAUUAGCAAAAAGUGCAGGAUUAAGUAGUACUGAAUGGCUAGUUGGCAAAAAAUCUAUCAAUAUCAUUAGAUACUUAGGAACAACUCCUGACAGUUCAGCUCUUACUCCAACUCUUAUUUCAAUCUGCCAGCAGAUCUCUUAUAAUUUGAUGUUACCAUUUGAUGAAAUACCAGAUGACUUAGUACCUUUAACAGCCCAUUUUAAACAUUUAUUAACAUUUGCAACAGAAAAACAACCUAUACUCUUAUUUCUUGAUAGCGUUGAUCAAUUAACAGGAGUUCAAGGUAAUAAAUUAUCAUGGCUUCCAACUCGAUUGCCUUCAAAUUGCAAGAUGAUACUAUCAUGUGCAUCAGAAGAAUCUAACCCUGUAAUAUCAAGAGAUUAUCAUCUAUUACGACGUAUGAUUGACACUGAAGAAAGCUUUAUUGAAGUAACUGCUCUUGGGGAAGAAUUAGCAAUGGAUGUUAUCAAGAUGUGGAUGAAAACAGCACACAGAGAUCUUAACAAUUACCAAUGGAGAUUGGUAGCUAAUGCAAUAUCAAGCUGUUCUCUUCCUAUUUUCGUAAAAUUAGUAUUUGCUGAAAUUUGUCGAUGGAGAAGCUACACAAAACCAGCAGAUACUUAUUUAGCAAGUACUGUGAUGGACAGUAUAAUGAUGCUUUUUGAAAGAAUUGAAAAACAACAUGGAAAGAUUUUAGUUUUUCAUGCUUUAGCUUACAUCACAGCAGCCAAGUCUGGUUUAUCAGAAUCUGAAUUAGAAGAUUUAAUAUCUCUUGAUGAUAAAGUUCUAGACGAUGUCUAUCAAUAUCAUUUACCACCCGUAAGGAGGAUUCCACCAUUAUUAUGGACAAGAAUCAGAAAUGAUUUACCAAAUUAUUUAAGUGAAAGAGAAGCUGAUGGUGUCAGUGUUUUAAAUUGGUAUCAUCGUCAGUUUCGUGAUGCUGCUAAAGAACGGUACUUCAAAAACAUGAAUAUGGCGAUGUAUUUCCAUUCAAUGAUUGCUGAUUAUUAUCUCGGUAUUUGGGGUGGAGGUAAACCUAAGCCAUUUAAAUAUACUGAGAUCCAGCGGCAUCGAUUUAAUUUAACCGACAAAGAAGGUGUUGCUGAUAGAAAAGUACCAGAACAACCUUUAGCAUUUUAUUCUAAAGAAGGCAAACUAUCUCGAUACAAUUUACGUAAAUUUGGAGAGUUACCAUAUCAUCUAGUAAGAGCACGAAGAUUCAAAGAUCUUUUUGAAAACGUGUUAUUUAAUUAUGAAUGGUUACAUGCUAAACUCAGUUCUUGUCCUUUACAAGCUGUCUUAUCAGAUUUUGAAGAUGCUUGUGCUAAUAUUGAUGAUCAAAAUCUAGUCAGAGAAUUAAUGUUGGUAGCAGAUGCCUUAAGAUUAGGAGGAGCAAUAUUAGGAAACCAUCCUGACAUGUUAGCUCCACAAUUAGUUGGUCGAUUACUACCAGAAAUAGGAAAUAAUAAAAAUGUCCGUAUGUUAUUACAAGCAUGUGAUAAUGACGGCAUCAAACAUUGCUCUUUGAUGCCUCUUUAUCACUGUCUUCAUACUCCUGGUGGACCUUUGAAGUAUUCUCUUGAAGGCCAUCAAUUCGCAGUUUUUGGUUUUUGUUUAACAUCAGACUACCGUUACGUAGUAUCCAUAUCAAAUAGAUUUAUUACUUGGGACUUGAGUACAAGUGACAUGACAAGAGAUGUAAAUCCAAAUAUUGAAGGUGUAAUGCAACAACUGGUAUUGAGCCCUGAUAAUAGAUAUGCAGCAGCUUUUACUAGUAAUAGUCAAGCUGUUGUUUUAAAUACACUAACAAGUGAAUUCGUUAUCAUUGACAAUCCAUUAAGCGGAGAGGAAGAAGUAUGUGGAGUAUAUUUAAUGAAUCAAUUUGCAUUUGUUUUUGGUGCAAAUGAAUGGUGUAGGUUUGAUCUUAGAGGAAAUUUAAUAUCAAAGCAUACAAGCCCUGUGGAUUCUAAUGAAUGGAAAAUUCUACACAUUGAAUAUUCCACUUUAAACGAAUAUAGAAUUAUCUUUUGGCGAGGAAAAUUAGAAGAGCAAUCAAUGCUUAUUUAUAAUUAUGAAGAAGAUAAAUUAAUAGAACCGUUAGAAUUUCAUUCAGCAAUGGUAUUGACCAAUAACAAGAAAAUUCUCUACGCUUGUUCAACAAAAGGUGACUAUCGAGUCUCAAAAUUCGUUAUUGAUGAAGAAACAUCAACCUGGAAAAAGGAAUAUGACAUGCCUCGAGCAUAUAACGAUAAAGAUGAAUACAUUUUACAAUUGAAAAUUGAUAAAAAUGAAGAAAAUUUAAUGGCCACGACUGGAAAUGGAUUUACUGUUUGGUUUAUAGCUGACAAAGAUGAUACAGUUUUAAUGCUUCCUAAUGGAAUAAGAAACAUCAGUACUCGAAUGUUAAAUUCCAAUUCAAUAAUGAUCAGUGGAACAAAAAAUUAUGCUGUAGCAGGUGUACGAAAAAACCUGUAUGUUUGGAGUCUAGAAACGUGUGAGUUGAUGAAAAUUCUUGAUGCACAUUUUGCAAGGAUAAUUCAAUUAGAAGCUUUAACAAUAGGCAAUUGGAAUUGUGUCAUCACUUCAAGCAUUGAUAGAAGUGUUAAAGUUUGGAAUAUUGAUAAUAUUUUCGAGCAAGUACACGUGAUUGAUCGACAUGAAUUACAAAUUGAUUCUCUGUGUUUAGCUGAAGACUGCGACUUAGCAGUGACUGUUACUAGAGGAUGUGUUGGCGUAUGGAAUAUUCAAUCUGGUAAAUUAUUAUCUAAAUUAGCAGACAGUCCGCUAGGUGCUAUUGUCACAUUUGCUUCAAUAACACAUGAUGGAAAGUAUAUAGUUUCCAUUGAGUCUGGUAAUGUGUUGAUAUGGAAUCGAGUUACUGAGCAGGUACUUUACAAACAGGAACAAUUAGAUGUCAGACAACUCACUUUGGUUCAUGAAUCUACCAAAUUUAUGGCUAUUUCCAGGCCAAAUAACCCCCCUGGAGUUGAAUGUAUGAAAACUACAGCAACUUUCGUUAUGAGAAGCAUUCCAGACGGAACAGUUUUAUAUACUUUCGAAUAUCCAGUACGUUGUCAUACAGGAAUGCCAUUUAGAAAAGUAGCAAUUACAUCAGAUAACCAGAAUUUGAUAGUGCCAGCAGCAGAAAAAUCUACUCGAGAUUUUAUUAUUGUUUAUAAUGCUAAUACUGGAGGCUUGAUCAGCAAAAUUCCAGUAAAAUUACCUGGUUUUAAAGACAUUUCAAGUGUUAUUCCAAUGCCAAAUAAACCACAAUUAGUUGGUAUCAUUGGUUCAGAUAAAGGUAGUAUCAUAGAUAUCAAUAAGAAAAAGAUCAUUAGAUCAAUUCCAAGAUGGAGUGGUAAUAUCAGCAAAGAUGGCAAAUAUACUCUUUAUGCUCCAAGCAGAGGUGGAUUGGAUUUAGUAGAAUUAAAAAAAGGAACAACAGUAAAAACUUACAUACCAAAAGUUGCUGAAGGAGUUUUUACAGUAAUUUCAAUGUUUAAUAGAACGGAUGAAUACGUUCUUUACUACCACAGUGGAAGAAAAACAAUCAGAGUAUUCAGAUCUUCUGAUUGUGAAAUGAUAGCUAAUUAUCGAGUAUCAGCAGAAUUGACUGCAAUUGACAGUACUUAUGAUGGCAAAAGCAUUGUUUUGGGUACGGUUGAUGGAUGUGUUUCAGUUUUAGCAAUUGCUGAUUCGCAAAAGCCUGAGAUGAAAUCUUAUCUUGAGAAUUUACCAUCAAGAGAUGAAAAGUGGAAAGCAAAAAUGGAAAAAAUGGGAUUAGCAUUAAAAUUUAAAGCUGCAGCAAGAUGUGCAAGGAUUACUAAUGAUUUGAGUAAUAGAAUAAUUACCAAGAAUGAUCAUGAUACAAAUGAAGAGAAUUCUACUGAGGAAACUGAAUAUAUAUCUAAUUAAAUUCCCUUUUACUAAU